AUGACGGUCAUCUUCACCCUGCUGACGUUGGUGUCGGCCUGCUAUGCCUCUCGUCUGCCCAUUGUCGACCUAGGAUAUGAAUUGCACCAGGCAAUCUCGUUGAGCAACACCUCCGGCCUGUAUAACUUCAGCAACAUCCGAUAUGCUGCCCCUCCAGUGGGCAACCUGCGCUUCCGUGCACCUGUAAUGCCCAAGCAGAACCGCACUGAGGUUCAAACUGGUGAAGUGGGUCGGAUAUGCCCUCAGGCAACCCCCCUGUGGGAAAGUGAUAUUGAAACUGCCUUCCUCCUGAGCUUGCUGUCGGGCACCGCAUUCAAUCAGUCCACGAAUAUCUCCUCGUAUCCCUAUGUGCCGGCCAAGAUGGACCCUCGGACCACCGAGGACUGCCUAUUCCUCGAUGUAGUGGUUCCCAAGAAAAUAUUUGACACUGCGCAGCACACGCCCUUGGUGCCAAAGCGCAACCUGGCCCCGGUCCUGGUGUGGAUUUAUGGUGGAGGGUACGUGGCGGGCGAGAAGAGCUCGGAGAACGCGACUGGCCUGAUCGAGCGAAGCAUGGUUGUUGGUGACGGCAUUGUAUAUGUUGCGAUUAACUAUCGACUCGGUGCGUUUGGCUGGCUCGGGGGUGAAACAAUCAUCAAGAAUGGGACUGCCAAUGCGGCUCUUCAUGAUCAACGGUUUGCUCUGGAUUGGGUAUACAAGAAUAUUCACCUGUUUGGUGGCGAUCCCACCCGGGUCACCGUCAUGGGCGAGUCCGCGGGCGGAGGCUCCAUUAUGCAUCAAGUCACUGCCUACGGAGGUAAUGCCGGACCCUCGCCAUUUCAGCAGGCCAUCCUACAGAGCCCGGGAUGGGUUCCGAUCAUGGACGACGAACAGACCGAGAAGACUCUGCAGCAGUUCUUGGGCAUCUUGAAUGUCAGCACCAUCGAAGAAGCACGGAACCUCUCCUCCGCGAAAUUGAUCGCUGCCAACGCAUAUCAGGUCGCGACCCAAUCCGUCUAUGGCGGCUUCACGUAUGGCCCGGUCGUCGAUGGUAGUUUCGUCCCUGCCAUGCCUGGACAGCUUCUCGCGCAGGGAAAUUUCGACCACAACCUCAACAUCAUGGUGGGCCACAAUGCUGACGAGGGGCUGGAAUUCACCUCGCCCGAUAGCCGGAGCAGCACGGGGCUGGAUGUUGUGCUCCAGGCGCAAUUCCCCAAAAUGAAGCAGACGGUUCGCGAGCAGAUCUCGGCCGUCCUCUAUCCACCCACAUACGACGGCUCCUAUGGGUAUACCAGCCCGCUCACUCGCACGGCGCUGGUGAUCUCCGAUGCCAUCUUCGUCUGCAACACCGACUACUUCAACCGGGCCUACCACAACCAGACGUACGCGUACGAGUUCAGCAUCGCGCCCGCCCUGCAUGGCCAGGACACCCAGUACACCUUCUACAACAAAGGCUCCAGCGCGGCCGCGGCGAGCCUGGUGAGUGUGAGCAACGCCACCGUCGCGCAGGUCAUGCAGGACUACUUCACCAGCUUCGCCCAGUCGGGCCGGCCCAGCUCCCCCUUGGCCCCACCUUCUACUCGUAUGGCCAGCAAGGCUCGCUCAUGA